GUGAGCGCGCUGACAGGACUCUGACGUCAUCCGCGCGCGCCGUUGUGUGUCUGUAGCUAGGUGACCUCGCCGAGCUCGGGGACCAUGGCCAGGAGGAAGAACCUGCGGCCCAUCGCCGAGAUGGCCAGGAAGAUCCGGGCUUACCGGGAGCUGAAGGACCGGCCACGGGACAGCCAGCGCUAUGCCUUGGACUACCAGACCAUGACUCGGCCAUUUACUGGUAAGCGCUUGCCAGUGCUGGCUUGGGAGGACGUGAAGAAUGAAAACCGCCUUUUCACAUUGCUUGCCGGUCACAGGAUGUUUGGAGUGGGAAGAAUGGUAACCAGAAAGUCCUGGCUUGAGACGUACGAAGAACCCUGUUACUGGACAAUCACGAAGGUCAAAGUAGAUUACACAGCUGAGAAUAUGGAUCAUGGAAAGGCAUGGGGAUUCUUAACAUUUCGAGGCAAACCUGAGACUGAAGUAAAGGAAAUACCCAAAGUCAUGUAUCAUGACUGGCGUCUUGUGCCACGUCACGAAGAGAACGACUUCAAGAAGUUCACCCCUGUGGCUGAGCCAGAAUCUGUCCGCUAUGUUCCAUAUCCUCCUCUCCUGCGAGCCAUGAUUCUAGCCCAGUGGCAGAAAGCAGGGAAGCCUUUAACAGAACCCAUGCUUGACCUCCAGCGAAAUCGCUUCUUUGGCAAAGACUACUUCGAGAAAGAAAGACAAGCGAAGGAAGGAACGGCGGUCUAACAUGAUCGAUUGGACUCAUUUCGGCCAUGGGAUACAUGGCCAGGAGCAACACAAGAAUUUAAACUGCCAUAUAUUUCAGAACCUAUGUAUCAAACAAAAGACUUUCUCAACUGUUUAUUACCAGUAUCUAUCGUAAAUCUGAAUAUAAUGCAUUUAAACCCCUUAAUAUCCAGAAAGAUACAUCAUGUAUUGUGUAACUUCCAUUAAAAAUAUAAUUAUUUUCAUUAUAA